AUGCCUGUUCCUCGGGAAUUCAAAUACAGCUGGACCUCAAACAGUCCCAAAUGUCCCAUCUACACCUUUCAAAGAUCAACUGCAAUCCUCGGACGUGUCGGCGCGCUCUUCUCCCGUGCUUACUUCCCUCAACAGCCUGUGCGCAAAACGAUACCACUACCUCCCGCCCUUCCGAAACGGAAGCGUGUGCAAUCUACAUCCACCACGUCUUCAUCUUUACCGUCUACUAAUGUUCCUGAUGCGGAACAAAGUGCGACUAGCGUAUCCAAACAAUCUGAUAGUGACCAGCGGAAGACUGCUUCCCCGUCCAUCUCAUCUGAGUCAGCUCCUAAAGAACCAUUUGUGCGGCCUCAUGGAUUCGAACGUGGUUUGACGGUCGAGCGCAUCCAUGGAUUCAUUAAACGAGCUGAUCUUCUGUUCGCAGUAGUGCAGUUCAAGAACUGUGAUGUCGUUGAAAUUCUCGCUACUCAGAUUGUCAAGCAUUAUGAGCCAAUGGUAAGAAUCUAUUGA